AUGACGAUCAAAGUGUUUGUUUCUUCUUCAUCGGGAAAUCUAUCCGUGAAAAAAAACCAGUCAAUGUUGUCAAAUAUUUUGACAACUCGGAAAAUUGAUUUUGAACAAAUUGAUCUUACUGAUCCUAGAAAUGCUGAAGUCAAACAAGCAUUAAUAGACGAAUUGAAGGAAAAGGCCAUUAAUUUAAUCCCACCGAUUAUUUACCUUGAUGAAGAAUACAUAGGGAAUUACGAUGACUUUUUUGAAUCCGUAGAGAUGGAAAAUGUUGAAUCUUUUCUGAAGGUCCCUGGAGUUAAAUCUUCUGCAACGAUAGAAUCUACUGAUACUAAGAAAGGAGAAGGUAAAAAGAAAAAGAAACAUAAGAAAGUGAAAUCGGAUAUUAAUGAGGGUGAAGAUGAGCAUUGUGAGAAUAAAGGAGAUGAAAAGGAAGGGGAGGAUUCAAAUGAAACAGAAGAAAGUGGGUCUGAAAAGUCAGGGGAAGAGUCUCAAGAGGAAGAAGAAGAAGAGUCUGAAUCGAGUACAAAAGGAAGUGAUGAAGAGACGAAGGAAGUCAAAGAAGAAACGAUAAAAUCUGAAAGCGAUGAGAAAAUUGAAUCGGCUCCCUCAAAGGUGGAUAGUGAAAAGGACGGUGGUAAGAAGUGCAUUGAAAAGGAGAGCGCACCAGAGUCGGAGAGUGAAUCUUCUGAGGAGAGUGAAAGUGAAGAGAAGUCUGCUGCUCUUGAGGAGUCUAAGUUAAAAUCGAAUGAAGAGAAAAAGGAAAGUAAAAUGGAGGAAAAGAAAGCAGAGUCGAGUUCUUCGGAGGAAAGUGAAACUGAAUCAUCAUCAUCUGAAGAGUCUGAAAAGAACAAUGAAUCCGCGGGUGCUAAUAAGUCUCAUUCUGUUAUUGAGGAAUCAAAGGCAAGGGAGAAGACACCUGAGAAGAAGACUGAAGGGGACUCGAGUGAAGAGUCAGAAACUGAGACAGAGUCUGAAACGGAAUCUGAGGAGGAAGACAAGAGAGUGAAAGAAGUGGCAAAGCCAACAGUUGUUGAUGAACCAAAGAAAGUUGAGGCACAGGGAAAGGAGACGAGUGAGAGUUCUGAAGAAAGCGACAGCUCGGAGGAGUCGAGCAGCAGCGAGGAAGAGUCCGACUAG